GACGAAGUCUCAUUCGUCAUCUUCAGGCGGCUUCAGACUACUUCAGGUUUGGUGUUUCCAGGAGUAGUAAAUAUAUAUUAAGGUACACUCCCAGAAUACUUCACUUGUUCCUGAUAGAAAACUCUCCCUGUCAUGAUGAAGCAGGAUAGCAGGGCAGGAAAAUGGAAUCAUUAGUUAGGAUUAUUAAAUUUAGAUGCAGUAUAAACUUGGUUUGGGAGUGUUGCCUUAUUUUAAAGAGUCUGAUCUAGAUUGUUGUGUCUGUUGUAUGUGCAUGUUGUGGGAGACCCUAGAUUGAUGGAGCAACUGUCCACAAUCAAAAUUACUUUUUUCACCUGUUUUUGUUUCAACUUUUUUUCUUGUUUUUUUCUGAUUUGCUGUGUAUAAUAAAGACUGAUUCCUGAUUCCAGACUAACUUUCUGUAAAGGAGGAAUGGAAUAGUUUAGUCGGAGCACAGCUUCUUUUCACUCUCUAUUCCAAGGGCAGCUGCAACUGAUUGCACUAGAAAAUAAAAAGAUAUGAAAAGAGCCAGCUAACCAACCAACAGACUGGUGUAGGGAUUUCCAUCAGCCCCUAUAGACCACUCUGCUUUUGAAAAAUAUUCACGUGUUAUAAUUUAGAACUUACUAACUGCAACCUUACAGCCCAACUCAAUACACAUAAAAGGCUUCAUUUUCCACAGGUAGGUAAAGUUGCAAAGUUAUGUGUCCCCCGCUGUUAACCACAUGGACAUCACACUCAUCAAUUAUCAAUGUCCCUGGAGGGCAAACCCUUUUUUGGAAAUGAUAUUUUAAUUCAAGGGCCAAAUUCUAUUUUGCUUUCAAAUAACCCUAUUUUUCUAUGCGGUGGUCAGUUCAAAGAAAAUUCACAAAUUAUGGAUCAGAAGGCGCGACCGGUGCACCUCUGCUUCCCUCGGCCACUUAUUAGAUUGAAGGGGAACUAAGUUUGUUACAGGUGUCCAAGGCAAGGUAGAUAAUGGCUGCAAUACAGCUGCACCUGCCAGGAGUAAAAUAAACUUCGUUUUCGGAGCAUUUCCUUAUUUGAAGCCGCGGCUGCAUUGCCUGUACUCUUUACUAACACGAGGCGGCUAGCCUCCAUUCUCCAGGGCUCCGAAGUCUGGCUGACCUUCGUCCCAUGGACCGCUCUGGAUAUCAGCGGCCGCAGGAUCCGAGUCCCGCUUCGGACGUUUCUCCUGCUGUCACGUACAUGUGGCAAGUCUUGACUCGCGCUGUAACAUAUUUUCCCUUUUGUUUUUCAGCCGUUUCCUUUUAAUCCCGUACCCCGGGAAAUGAGAGUUGCUUGCAACGGCGACUCUUGACAAUCUUAAGAUGCGUGUCAUCAAUUAUCAACCAGACCGUCGACAGCAGCGGGCUUUCCUGCAAACAACUAAUCCAACGAUUUACCAGUUGGGGUUUGCUUUUUUCCCUUACAAGUAAGACCUGAGUCUUACUCAGAAUAACAGAGUUGGAAGGGACCUUGGAGGUCAUCGAGUCCAUUCACUACUCAUUCCCUUGUCAUUUCGUUUGGGAUUUUGAAAAAACAUAUUUUCUGAACCUCGGGGUGGAAAGCGAGGCGUUUUGCAGCCACAGCCUCCGCGCCGUUUGCGGUGCUUUCUGGGAAUUGCAGUCUUAAGGAGCUCCUUUCGCCUGCCAAAAUGCCGCCGGUUCCGGGAUUAAUCGGUCACAUGUCGCCUGUCCGGCUCUGCAGCGGCGGCCCUCGGGUGUAGGAGACAUAUGGCGGCGGAGGGCGCGAAGAAGCAGGUCCGCUUUGCCCGGUUGGAAGAAGAGGAGGGAGCGCGAGAAGAAGCGGGAGCCCUCAGGGACGCCGUUGGGGAGGAUGCGGCCGCCGGGGAGUCGCCGCCUGGAAGCUCGGCGCCGCUCGCCCUUCAGCCGGUCGUAAAGGUGGCCGAUGGCAGCGGGCGAAGAAGCCGGGCAGGUGGCGGCCUUGGCGCUGGAAAGCUGGCGGCGGCGGCGGCGGUGGCGGCUUCCCGGCGGGCACUGAAGUGGUGCAUUUCGGCUGCUCUUUGCGCCGCUUUCCUGGGCCUGGGGAUGGCUAUUGCUGUUCUAGGACCAACAUUUCAAGACUUGGCUGCAAAUGUGAACAAAAAUGUCAGUCAAAUUUCAUAUAUCUUCGUGGGCCGUUCAGCGGGAUACUUUAGUGGUUCUCUAAUUGGUGGAAUACUUUUUGACUGCAUGAACUCUAAGUUACUUUUGGGCUUAUCCAUGCUGGGUACAACACUAGGUCUAUAUGCUAUUCCAUGGUGUAAGAAAGCCAUCUUGUUAACGACCGUGAUGGCUGUCAUUGGUUUUGCAAUGGGAAUUCUGGAUACAGGUGGGAAUGUUCUGGCUUUGGACACAUGGCAAGCAGAAGCUGGUCCUCACAUACAGGCCUUGCAUUUCAGUUUUGCUCUUGGAGCUUUUGUAGCUCCCAUCCUGGCGAAGAUGGCCCUGGGUGGUUCUGCCCUUGAAUUGCAGAUCCAUCUGGGUAGCAGUGUUGGUAACCAGUCAGCUACGAAUUCUCCUCCUGGAGCUACGUUGUUGCCGAAGCUUCAUUUAAACUGGAAUUUUGUGUGGUCUUAUGCUGUGAUUGGCACUUACCUCUUACUCGUCGCAUUGUUUUUCUUUACUUUAUAUUUGAGGAGCAUUCCUGUUCGAGGUAGAACAAAACUUUCCGUGCAGAAAUACCAAAUUGCGAAAUAUCACUAUGCUCUCAUAGUGCUUCUUUCUGUGUUUUUUUUUUGGUACGUUGGAGCAGAGGUAACCUAUGGCUCCUACAUUUUUACUUACGCAAAAACCUACGCCCAUAUGAAAGAAAAGGAAGCAGCAGGAUUGAACUCUCUCUUUUGGGGCACCUUUGCAGCGUGCAGAGGAUUGGCAAUCUGUUUCGCAGCCUGCUCUUAUCCUGGAUCUAUGAUCCUGAUAAGUAUCAUAGGGUCUACUGUGUCAUCACUCUUCCUGGUCCUCUUCAAUGUACACACAGUCACUCUGUGGGUUGGUUCCGCAGUGUAUGGUGCCUCAAUGGCUACUAUCUUUCCCAGUGGCAUAUCUUGGAUAGAGCAGUACACCACCAUUCAAGGGAAAUCUGCAGCAAUGUUUGUCAUGGGUGCAGCUCUAGGAGAAAUGUGUAUUCCUGCGGCGGUUGGCUUCCUUCAAGGAUAUUUUCCCACUCUCCCAGUGCUCAUGUACACUGCAUUGGGAGCAGCUGUCAUGACAGCUGUACUGUUCCCUGUGAUGUGUAAAUUAGCGGCAUCAGCUGCUGAUGCUAAAGUGAAGGAUGCUGGAGACAGGGAAGUUCAAGAAGCGUUACUGUCCAGCACUUAUCCGGAAGACGAUGAGGAGGAUAAUGAAAUCAGAGAAUGGAAUGAAGUAGACUUUGAAAUAAUUGAGAUGAAUGACACACCCCGGAACUCUGUCAUAGAGACCUCCAAGAAGAUCCAAGAAGAAUUUACUACCACCAACUCUGGCCAGCUUCCUUCAGAGAAUUUGUCAUUUAAUUCUUCUCCUGUACUUGCCGUCAGAUCCCCAAAACAGAAUAAGAACGAUUAAGUUAUCUUAAUUUCAACUUUAAGAUCAUAUAUUAUUUCAAUAUUGGUGGGAAGUUUGCUGAAUUCUAAGCAAGGCCUUUUUAUUGUAAAGUCUGAGGGAAGCGGUAACUCUGAAAGGAGUUGAACUCUUUGUUUAACCAUGAGAAUGACUGAAAGACAAAGUAGAAUGUUUCCUAAAUUUCUUCUUGUAAUAUUUUUUCCAGGAAAAUGAAAACACUAAUUAGAAUGAAUAAACAGAACUUGUUUUCUACUCUAGCAGUCCCCAAACUUUCCGGGUCAGAAGGGACGGCAGGUGGAGAGAGGGGAUGAUUUCGUUUGUGCGCCACUUUCCACCAAUGCAGCUUUGUGCAUGCGCACGCUCGCCCACUGCUUGUGCAGCCCAGUUACCAAUGGGCCACAGUCUGGCUCCAGGUUGUGGACCAGGGGUUGUGGACUCUUGUUUUCCUCAGUGUUGUCUUAUAAAAUGAUGUUUAUAAUCUGUGUACUGUGCUACAAGAGGCUGAAGAAUAAGAAUCUUCAAUUCAUUGAGGUCAUCUCUGGAAACAAGAUAAAUCUGGAAAAUCAAUCCUUGAAAACCUCUGCAUUUCUAACUCAACAGUUCCAUGUGUUUAGAUUGAAUCCUAAAUAUAUUCUAUCCUAUUUAACAAAAAGAAUUCUUUUUGAAAAAAUAAGUACAUGGCCACAGUUAUGGUUAAAUUAGCAAAUACAUAUUUUAAAAUUUUGCUCAGAAGCACUUUUAUAAUGGAAAUAAUUGCUGAAAAGGAUUUAAGUUUAUACUGAUAUAAUAGCUACAGUAACUCUGGGAAUUGAAUAAACUGGAGUUAAGAUUGCUCAUUGAGUUUAGCAACAAUGCAGCAUAAUCUCAGGUCAUAAUACCAAGAGGAAUCCUAUGGCUGCUUUGGGAUUUCUGAAAUAAAUCUUGUAGUCCAUUGCAGACUUUUAAGGGGUAAAGAGGAUGAAUUUGUUUCCCAGAAAUUUGAUCAUUUCAAAAUGUAAACUGGGUUGUUUUUUCUCUACCUGCAUUUUCAAGUACAGAAAUAUAAUUUAAAAUAAAAUGGUGUGUUUGUUGUCAUCUCAGCCACACUAUUAAGUGACCUUAUGUUUAAAUAGUAGGAUACUGUGGUACUUGAUAUUUUCAUGUAACUUCUUGGAUAGUUGAGUUUUAAAAUUAAAAUCUAAGAAACUUCCCAUCAGAGAUGUUAUAUUAUAAAAUAUAAAUCAGUAAAAAUCUGUUGGUAUUUUUCAAAAACCAUCUUUCAGCAAAUUGUUAAGAUAUUGUGGACAUAACUAUAAUUGAAAAUUCUAAAUCGAUCAAGAGUUGGUGAUAUGCACUGAAGCCACCUUUCCCACCUUUGUGCCUUCUAGAUGUGUUUGACUGCAGCAUUCAUAAUUCCUAAUCAGCAGGAUCUUUGUGUUGGGUAAAGAUUAAAGAAAUUUAGAACCAUUAUAUUUAAACAUAAUCAGGCUGGGGAGGCUAGUUGAAAAAGUGACUUUCUUAAAAAUUAAAAAUUGUCAUUGUGAAAAGAAAAAUCAGUGCUAUUUAUCUCUACAGUACCAAUGUGUUGAAUUCAGAAAGCCUUAUUGUGGCUAGUGUUGGAGAAAUGUUGAAAUUGUGAUCAUUUUUUAAAAAUUAUUGAUCAAAAUAUAUUCAUUGAUAUUUUAACUGCCAAAAUUAGAUGCUUGUAAGUGUAAAAUGAACACCAGAUGUGAUUAAAAUGCAAUAGUGUUAGUGUUUCUAUACCACUGUAAAUGAAGAUUGAGUUGUGAUGAGAAGGAUCAUUUGAAUGAUUCUUAUUCUUAUUAGAUAAUUAUGGUAACUACUGCAGCUUCUGUAGUAGGCUGCCUGAAGUUACUGAAUAUUAAUUUAUAUGUGGAAUAGACACUUUUGAAGAGUUUGGGAUCUUUCUUUUCUCUGUACACCAAUAAACAUGACUGAAGUUGUUCUGAGGGCCCUUUGGGUGCAGAUCAAAUUGUGGGGAAAGUAGACCAAGGGAACUUGAUGGCUAUGAGUGGCCGUUGUUUUACCUGUUGUUAAAUGUAACUCUUAAUAUCACUGGGGGAGAUCAUGUCUCCCAACAGUGUAUAUAUUACAUCUUUUUGGAUGUGUGCAUGUUGAAGUUAAUAGUACAAAAAACUAUGAAUCGCUUUGACUUAUACCUUUUGAUACUUUGUUCUAUUCUACAGUAUGUUAUUUUCCCCUAAGUAUUGCAAUUAUUGCUUGGAUAUGAUUUUGUUUUCUUGUGUGUUCCCAAUGUUACAAUAAUUUUGUAAUAAAAUUGAAAUAGGGAGUGUA